AUGACGAACAUUUUCCUUGCCUUGUUUCUUCUCAUUUUCUUGAGGCCAUGUUCUGCAGCCAGUACCUGCUAUUUCCCCAACGGAAACGUCGCUGCUGAUAACUUCCCCUGUGAUCCCGACGCAGAGGAGAGCGCGUGUUGCGGCGGUGGUCUGGGCAGCGUCUGCCGCUCCAACAGGCUAUGCCAGAAUUCAAAUGGAAACCUGGUCCGAGGCACAUGCACAGAUAAGAACUGGGAGUCGCCUGAAUGUCUUAAAUACUGCAUAGGUACGGGUGCUGGAGGAAGCGACUUGAUAUCGUGCUCCAACGUCACCAAAACAGACACCUCUUUCUGCUGUGACCACACUGUCGACUGCUGCGACACUGGCGUUGCCAGGUUCGAGGUCUUGCCGUCGAACGCCGGCAUUUUGGCAUCGUUCAAUGUGGCCUCGAGUAGAUAUAUCACCGUCAGUACAUCCUCGACACGUGCGUCCUCGUCUACAGCCACAGCCACCUCAACCUCCACAAGCGCAUCUUCCGCUUCUGCAUCCUCGACCGCGAUAUCAUCCGAAGACUCGCAGAAUGUUACAUCGCCAGGCCUAUCGGUUGGUGCGCAGGUGGGAAUUGGCGUUGGUGCCGGCGUUGGCGCACUUCUCGUUGCCGUGAUCGCAUUUCUCCUCUGGAAAAACCACAAAAAGAACCAGAUAAUCAAGGACAACCAAGUGAGAGAAGUUGCACCAUCUUCCUCCUCGCCGUGGGAUCCUUCGAGUCAGAGCUACGCGUCGUCAACGCAUCCCCAUAGCCACGCAGGACCGUGGCCAACGUACUACCACGAGCAGCAACUGCUUUAUGAUAACGGCCCCAAGGAAUUACAGGACCGGCGUUGGCAGGGUCCGGGAGUAAGGGCCGAGCUCCCUGCUCAGGUAUAG